AUGUACGAAGGGAUUGACAACUUGAAAUCCCUUUACGACCGUGCCGGGAAGACUUUCUCCGGCGGUCCUUCUGCGGCACAGGAUGUGCCGCGUCGUACUGCUCAACCAGACCCAGUACGUCAACCAUCAGUUGGGAGCGGGGCUCCCGAGAAUCCCAGGACGGGGGAUAGCCGCGCCACCGGACGAGAUAACUCGUCCGACGUCCGUUCACGUCGCGGUGGUUCAACAGCUGCUCAACUAGAUAGCGCUGGCAACCGCGAGAGUCCUCUAAUGGAGGUGGAGGAGGAGGAAAGACGCUUUCCAUACGAUCAUGUGGAUCGGUGUGUUCCCGCGAGCUUCUUUGAUCGCGUAACGCAAGGGUUACGCGACGAUCUCGAACAUGAGCGGAAUAGGCGUCUCCGAAUGGCGUACACUGUCUCGAAGCAUCGAGCUGAGUUUGCCUUUGCUCAGCUUGAGAACGAGAGAUCUCUGACAUCUCUUCGUGACGAGCUAAGGGUAGCUCGUGGGAUUGUUGAUCGGUCUCGGGAUGAGAUAGCUGCUCUUCAUAUCCUUGUUGAUGCCCACCAUCGGGAGCACAAGGCUCUCUGCGAGAUGCUUGAGCGCAAGGGCGUUCUUCAUCGGAAGAAGCAGCGUACUGAUGGUACGGCUUAA